AUGAGUCCCUCGGCCGUCGUCGACGCCUAUCCAGAGGCUGUGGACAUCCAGGUGAAAGAGAUCCAUGCCAAAGUUCUCAAAAAGUCACACGAAGAUGAACUUCGCGAGAAGAGCAGCAAGUAUAUCCUUAGCAGUGGCGCAGGCUACUCAAAGGAGAUCAUCACCGCUGCCGAGGGCAUGCACUUCUAUACUGCUUCCGGUCACAAGGUACUCGACUGGACCUCAGGCCAGAUGUCCUGUCUCCUGGGACAUGGCCAUCCCGAGAUUGUCAAAGUCAUCACACAGAAUGCAAUUCAUCUAGACCAUCUCUUCUCGGGGAUGAUCUCUCCCCCUGUUAUCUCCCUUGCAGAACGCCUGUGCUCCUCCCUCCCCGACGGACUAGACAAGGCUUUCUUUCUUUCUACUGGAGGUGAAAGCAAUGAGGCCGCUAUCAAACUGGCCAAAUCAUACACUGGAAAGUUCGAAAUUGUCGGUCUCGGUGCCUCAUGGCACGGCAUGACUGGAGCUGCCCUAUCGGCGCAGUACCACUAUGGCCGCAAGGGCAACGGCCCAAUGAUGCCAGGGACACACAUGCUGCCCUCGCCCAAUGCUUAUCGAUCUGUUUUCCGCAGGGCCGAUGGGUCUUAUGACUGGGAGGCGGAGCUGGAGUAUGGCUGGAGGAUGAUUGAUAUGGCCUCUUGCGGAUCUCUAGCCGCAUGUAUCGUUGAAUGCAUCCAGAGCUCUGGGGGUAUGCAUGUUCUGCCUCCUGGCUACCUCAAGGCCCUAAAGAAGCAUUGCGAGGCCCGUGGAAUGCUCCUCAUUGUCGAUGAAGCCCAGACUGGCGUUGGCCGCUGCGGUGAUUUCAUGGCCAUCAACCAUGAGGGUGUUGUCCCUGAUAUUCUCACACUUUCCAAGGCUUUUGGCAACGGCCUGCCUCUCAGUGCUGUUGUUACAAGCGAGAAGAUUGAGAGCGGUGCUAAGGAGAGAGACUUCAUGUUUUAUACUACUCAUCUCAAUGAUCCUCUUCCAGCUGCGGUGGGUGACAAGGUGCUUGAGAUUGUGCUCCGUGAUAACUUGGUCGACAAGGCCCGCGAGAACGGGAAGGUCCUGCACGAUGGCCUGAACAAGCUCAAGUCCCGAUAUGGCUGCAUCGGUGACGUGCGCGGGAGGGGUCUGCUCGCUGGCGUGGAGAUUGUCAGCGACCCUGUGCUCAAGACGCCUGGUCUUGACUUGGCCAAGAAGAUCGGUGACCGCGCCUACGAGUUGGGCAUCUGGGCCAAUUUGAGCAGCCACCCGAGCUUCGGGGGUGUUUUCAGAAUGGCACCACCCAUCACGGUGUCAGAGGAGCAGUUGAGGACCGGCCUGGCCAUUUUUGAACAGGCGCUGGCAGAGACUGAGGGUACUUUGCCUCGGUAUUAA